UUCCAACAUAAAAGAAUUUUUUUUUCAUUUUUAGAUUCAUCCAAAUUUUCUUUGAAUACCGUAAAAAUGCAUAAUGUGAUUGCUAUACUAAUAUUACUAUCUUUAAAUCUUUUAUAUUUAUUGGAUAUAAUUGGAUGUAUUUUUAUUUUCCUUCGUGUUGGUAAAAUUUAUGGACAUUCAAAUGAAAAACGAAUGUCUCUUAGAAUCAAAUUUCCUUUCUACUUAGCUGUCACUUAUUAUUUGCUUGCAAUUUUGGGCACUUGUUCGAUCAAUAUCAGCGCCUUGUGUACGCAUAAUUCGUGUACUGUCGGAUCAAUUGUAAUAGACAACAUUGCUGAGAUUAUUUUGGCUAUAAAUUUAUUUCUUGGUACAAUACUUACAUUACAAACGUGGAUAAUUUUAAAAAAUAAUUAUAAAUUAACAUAUAGUUGGGGAAAAAAAAAUCAUAUAUUUUGGCUCAUUAUAAUUAUCACUAUAAUCAUUAGUAUUACAUUAUCAAUUAUUGAUUUUUUAAUCAAACGUAUCUUUUUCAUCAGU